AUGUAUUCUAAACAUUCAGAAAUUAGAUAAAAUUGGACCUAUCAAGUAAUUCUUACUAUUAUCUUUUAUAGGAAGACAAACUUUUAUUAGAACUUAUCAAACUUAAUGGUUGUUAAUCAUGGAAUCGCAUUGCAAAUGAACUUCAAUAUCAAAUAAAGAAUUCCAUUAAAAAACGUUCUCCAGCUGCUUGUAGAGAACGAUACUAAAACAUUCUAAACCCUAAUUUGAAUAGAAAUAUUUGGACAGAUGAAGAGGAAUAAAAAUUAUUCAAUCUUUAGUAAUCAUUUGGAAAUUCUUGGGCUAAAAUUGCCUCUUAAAUGACUGGCCGUUCUGAUUUACUUUGUAAAAACUACUUUUAUGCAACUUUAAGGAAGGUUUUACGUCGACUCAGUAAGGCAGUGGGUUUUGAUUAAUGUAAUACGUUUAUACUAUUUCUUAGCUUCAGAUUUACUUAAAUAAAUAAAACCUUGUGUUUUGGGUGUUAUAUAUUGUAAUGAAGAUUCUUUAAAAACUUUUAAUAUUGAUGAUGAAAUGAAAAAUGAAUUUAAAAAAAUUAUUAGACGAUUUAGACACAUAGAUAAAUCUGAAUUAAGAAUGCUACCUGAGGAAGAUAUAAAACAUAUUAAAAAAAUGUUAAAUAAACUAUUUACUCUAAAGUACAUAAAAUUUCAUUAUGAUAGCAAUAACUAUAUCUCUUAAAAAGGUGGUAUAAUACUCAACAAGAAAAAUUAAUAAGAUUUAACACCUUUUGAUACUAAAAAAUAAACUGAUCUUAACUUAAAUACCUAAUCUGAUUCAAAAAUAUAAUCCAAAAUCUAAGCAUCUAAUCUAUAAUACAAUUAUAAGGAAGAAUAUGAUUAAUAAUAAAACUACUAAACUUAAAUCUCCUCAGAAUAAUAGCCAUAUCAAAAUUAAAAAAAUCAACUUCAUUCUAACUUUUAACCAAGUCCAUCUAAUUUAGUAAUUAAUAAUUAUAUUAUUUUUAGAUUUCCAUUUAUACUCCAACACCUGUUUUAACAUUCUAUUUCUAACCAAACUUCAAUAUCUGGCCAAUCUAAACUGUCUAAUCGUAUUGUUAUCCUCAAUCGCUUUAAAUUCCUUAAGUUUAUCCUUAUGUCAAAUAUGAGUAAUCAUAAUGA